AUGUUCUUCUCAACCAAAGCUUUCGCUCUCAUCGUCGCUUCUUUGACUGUUGCCACCCAAGCAUCUCCCACUCCUGAAGCAGCUGCUGAAGCCCAAAUUGGACCAACCCAUAUCGGUGAUGCCACUUUCUACACUCCUGGUUUGGGUUCUUGUGGACGCACCAACAACGCCAACGAACUGGUUGCCGCCGUCGCCUCUCCUGUAUUUGACACCUUUCCUGGUCACACAGCCAAUCCCAACAACAACCCGAUCUGCGGAAAGACGGCCGUAGUUACUUUUGGAGGCAAGUCGGUCACUGUGACGAUUGUUGACCGUUGCCCGGGAUGCGGUAGUGGUGGAAUUGAUCUUUCGCCAGCCGCGUUCCAGAAGCUGGCGCCUUUGAGCCAGGGACGACUUUCCGGCACCAAGUGGACUGUCCAGUAA